ACCAUAAUAUUUGAUUUUUGCACUUGUGUUGUAAAUUUUUUGCACUGUGAAGAUUUUCCGUUGAAAAUGGCUGUCCUUGCCAAUUUUUCCAUUUUCAUUUUAAUUCUAAUUCUCCCAUGUGUUUUUGCAUCCAAUUAUUACACGUCCAGUUAUGAGUUGCAAAUUCUGUUUGAAAAAGAAAUCACCUUUACAAAUAAAUUGAAGGACCUUAUGAAAGAGUACCCUGCACUGAAGAAAGAUCUUCCGAGGGCUCGCACAAUUUUGGCGGAUGUUCUAGUCACGAGAGAAUCAAUAUCGGAUGACAUCAUUAACAAUCCUUUGAACCAGUUCCUCCUCAUGUGGAAAUUUUUCCAUGACUGGGCCUACAUAGCGAACGACUUGAUCAAAGUAGGCAUGAAAUCUCCUUACGACGAAAACUUCGACCUUGUAGCUUUGUCUGGCGAAAUUAAAUCUGCACAAGUCUCAGAGAAAGACCUUAGAAACGCAGAAUUAGCUAUUUUGAGAGUUCAGGAAUUCUACCAUUUAGACGCUAUUGAUGUCAUUCGGGGGAAAAUUAGUAACUAUACGGCCAUCAGAGCACUGGUUGAGAAACAAGCGAAUGAUAUUGUACUGAAAGCGGUAGAACAGGGCGACACCUGUGGGGCUUAUAACUGGAGUAAGGCAAUGAUUCAACUUAAAAUGAAUGUGAUCGAAGACGGCCGGCUUUUGACAAGAAACCCACCGUCGCAGAAGAAGUGCGCCGCCACAAUUUGCUCAACUGGCGCUGGCGAAAGCUACUGUAUUUUGAAAGACGACUCAACUGCACGUUACCAAAAAGCGUGCAAUACCAAAUCGUACAAUUAUCCAAAAGGAAGGAAGAAGAGAGCUGCUUGCUCCCUGAACGCCAUUCACCCGUCUCAGAUACUUCAACCGAUCAAAACUGAGCAGAUAUCAGUGAAUCCUCCCAUCUAUCAGUUUCACGAAGUGUAUACAUCUCAAGAAUGUGAUCACAUUUGGGCAACUGGAGCCGCAAUUCAGAAAAGAAGUACCGUCGCUUCUGACCCGCGUGAAAAAAUCACAGUGAGCGAGAGAAGGGUGGGAACUAACAGCUGGCUUGGCGACGACUCAUCAGUCGUGGAUAUGUUCAGUAGAAGAGUGGGCUAUGCUACUGGAAUGCAGAUGAGUCCAGAGGAUGUUGAAAAGUGGCAGGCUGCAUCCUAUGGAAUCGGAGGCCACUACAACUUACAUCACGACUACCUGCCCGAAUACGCAGACCAAUUGGCGCACUUGGGACAGAGGUAUGCGACCUUCAUGGUCUACCUGUCAGAUUUGCCACUGGGAGGAGCCACAGCAUUUCCUCAUUUGGACCUCAGUUUCUUCCCUUCAAAAGGUAGUGCUUUGUUUUGGUUCGACAUUAGCCUUGCUGGUGAACCUCUUACCUUAACACUUCACGGGGGUUGCCCUGUCCUGCUGGGCGCGAAGCAUAUAGGCAACAAGUGGAUCCGAUACAAUCCACAGUUCUUGACUUAUCCAUGUGGGAGGAGUCCAAACUCUAUUGCCAAACUGCCAAAGUCAUUGUGCAGAUACUGAUUUAUAUGGGCAACAAAAAAUUAUCGCAAUCGUAUAUAGGGUGCAAAGCGACAAUUCGUUGAACUUAUUUGAAGCGACAAAUCGUCAUAUACCAAUUUAUAGUAUUAAAUUUGAAAACUAUACUUAUAGAAACUGCCUAUGAGAUGAUAGCUUCGAUAAGGAUCUUUAGAAAAUGUAUUUUUCAGACUUAUGUUAAUUUGCAUGUCAGUAAAUGGUUCCAUUUUCAAAAUGUGAGGAAUUAUUGGCACCAUGAUGUCAAAAGUAAUAUUCAGUGGUUUCAUCUGCGCUGUAAAUUGAAUAUGAUGUUUCAGCAUUAUAGCAGAAAUAUUAUGUAUCACUGGAAUACCAAUCAUUUUUUAUUCCAAAGUUAUGGGACUAUAAUUAUGUGAUAUCAUUUGUAAUAUCUUCCUUAUGGCAUUUUAUAGCUCGACUUUA